GUCUUGUUUUUCCCUUUCUUGUUCUAUACCUAUUCUGCCGUCCCUUUAGGCCCUUAAAAAUUAUCAUGUUUUCAUACUUUGCUUCUUUUAAGUCUAAAUUAUUAUCUCCACCAUGAGGUCUGCUGGAGCAAAUACCCCAACUCAGAAGGAACCAUACAUUCGUACUAGAGAGAAUCCAUACUUCGAUGGCCUUCUAAGAUCUGAUGGUCAGAUUCCCUUGAAGUCUCAAUUAGAAUUUACGUAUAUUGGUGAAACCAGACCCAAAAGCUUUGUCUCAGAUAUCUCUGAAGAGGUUAUGGAGUUGUCACCGGAGAAUUCAGCAGUCUCAGGAUUGAACUCUAAAUCUUCUGAACAUUCUUCGUCUGAGAAGUGGUUAAAAACCAGCAAAAUUGCUCCAUUUAUACAACUGGAUAUUCUAUCCGAGCUGAUUGAACCGGAUAAUCCAAAACAUCAUCAUCUUGGAUAUGGCCAAAGCCCCCGGACUCCUGAACAAUCACCUGCAAUACACAAUACAGAAAAGACAUAUACUGUCAUUAGAAGAAAAGAAAAGCUAUCAAGUAUUCUACUUCCACUAUCUGCAGCUUCAUACUAUAUUGGAGUAUCACCAGAAAUGGAAAUUGUUGAAUCAUGUGAAAGCAUUGACAAGCUAAAUGCAUUUUUGAAAGCAAGAAAGGAUGAUGUCAAUGCUGGUGUACCUGGGAAAUUCUUACAUGCUGUUAUGGGUUCAGAUGGUGCUGACGUGGGAACUGUGGCUUCAACCAUCAUGUAUUCCUUCUACCUACAUGUAACUUCAGAAAGCAAUCAAUUCUGCACAGUUCCAAUUAUUAACAUUAACCGGGCAAAUCUUGGCUCACAUGUUGAACUCAAGUGGCUGCUUGAUUCGUGUCAUAUUGAUCAGUCAUCCUUAAUUUUUGCAGAUGAGAUUGAUCUCUCAUACUAUGAUAUAUUUGGAAGUCUUAAGAUCGUACUGUUGAAGGGAAGCAGGAUUGCCAGUAAGCAAGAGAAAUUAAAGCAGGCUGUGGUUGAAAUUUUUCACUGCAGAAAGGGAGAGACAAUAUAUCCAUGGGUUAAAACUGUCACAACAACAGAAGAGGAAAGCUCUUGUUGCACCGCCAUAGCAGACAAAUUUGCGACGUAUUCGCCUGAAAUUUUGGCUAGCAAAUCAUUCAGCAAACUUCUGCUAGCUGGCAUUCUUUUGGAUACUGCGAAUCUAAGGGACCCUCGUUGCUCCUCUAAAGAUAAGUACAUGGCUUCAUUAUUGAUCAAUGGUGCUGGUCGUUAUGGAUGCAAUGGUCUUUACCAAUUAUUGAGGUACAAAAUGCAUGACCUUUCCUCCCUCCAAGUAGCAGAUAUCUUGCGAAAGGAUUUUAAAAAGUGGACAGGACAAGAAAGUGCAGAUUCAAGGUCAGUGCAAAUUGGCAUGAGUUGUAUCGGAAUUUCAAUCGGACAGCUUCUUUCUCACGCAGAAAAUCUAGCUCAAGAAAUAACACGCUUCCAGUUAUCUGAGAAACUUCGAGCACUUAUUGUCGUUUCGGGGUAUUAUAACGAUGAAAAGAACUUCAAGAGAGAAGUUUUAAUAUCUACGGAAUCUGCAAAGCUAUUGGAGAGUUUGCUCUUCUUCUUCGAUUUCAAUGCUUCCCGGCUGCCACUCAAGAGCUUACACUUUCCAGGUCUGAAAAAUGGGAUGAAAGCGUAUGAGAUCGAUAAGAUUACAUCAAGGAAAAUAGUAGAGCAUCUCAUAGAAGAGUUCGUUGGGAUACCAAAAGCCUAAUAGGUUUAUACCAAAAUAAAUGAAAUGUCUACGUUACUAUUUUAUUUAUAUAUAAAUUGUAAACAGAGAGUAAAACAACUUAUUUAUGGGAUUGGGAUUCUGUGAA